CUUCUUCCUUCUUUGUUUCUCUCUGUAUUUUCUGGCUUUUUCCGCUCCUUCUUAUUGUUAUGUUAUAUUCUCCUCUUCAAAUACGGUCCCAUCCCAGUCGCUCUCCUUCUCUCUGAAUCACAUCCAGUUCACUUUCCUUCUUUUGGGGCUCCAACCACUGUGAGCCCUUUAGCAAUUCCGCCCCAUUUCCUCUGUUUUGACUGGGGCCCUUUUGGCUUGGCUGGGCGCCACUCAACUUCCUUCAAACCCUAUUCAUACUCUCUCUGCUUCCUUCUUCUUGUUAUUAUUAAAACCUUAACCAAGCCGCAAAACAUAAUCCCAAAUAUACUCUCUGCUUUGAGUGCUCUCUCUUUCUUUUUGGUGGAGUUUUUUUUUUGGCUUUCUGAAAUGGCUGAUAGUUUAGACGAUGGGGAGUUUUGGCUUCCUCCUAAGUUCCUUAACGACGACGACUUGUUCCUUGAGGGUAGUGAUGUUAAGAAUGGGAGAGCUGGGGUUGGGUUGUACCCUUUUGAGUUUCCUCUUGGAUUGGGGGCUUUUGGGGUUACUUCUGAUCUUAGUUCGCCGGUUGAAUCUCUGGUUGGUUCCAGCGAAACAGAGAGUGACGAGGAGGAAUACAUCGCUGGAUUGACCCAUCAAAUGGCGCGUUCCACUCUGGAAGAUGGUUUUGGCCUCGACUACUCUCAUGGUUGGGGAUUUUCUGGUUCACCACAGUCAACUCUGUGCUCUGUGGGAAGUGGGUGCGGCUGCAAACAGGGCUCUAGCAGGGGAAGUCCCAAUGGCCAUUUCCAAGCGUCUCAUCCUCAACUCACUUUGGAUCUACUCCACGCCGCUGCCGGUGAAGUCACGAAGAUGCGCAUGAAUGAAGAAUCAUACGGUUUUAUCAACACUAGUCGACCUCUCGCUCCACCUAGAAAGCCCGUUCCAGUCUCCGUUCCUCUCAAAAACCUCGAGGCCGACGCCGUAGUUUACCAACAGCUGCAGGCUUCCGAAUUUCUGAAUCUGAGACGACAACAGCUUAUUCAGCAAAUAAACACGGUGGCUCGUAUGGGACAGACAAAAUGCGCUGCUGGUCAAUAUCAGCCGCAAGUGCCGCAGAACAAGGGAAGAAAUACUGAGUUCGUCAAUGGCAGAAACUGUCGCUCUUCAUCUGGCUUAACGAUCCAAACGACUUGGGCUCCUCCUCCACGGAAACACUCUGUGAACCCCCCGCCGAACGGCUCCGUCAUGAGAGCGGUGUUUCUCGGGGCUCCCGGCGGGAAAAGGGAAUGCGCCGGUACAGGGGUGUUUUUGCCACGACAACAAAGUGGCACCGUCUCCGAAAAUCGCAAGAAGCCAGCAUGUUCGACUGUUCUUGUUCCUGCUAGAGUGAUGCAGGCUCUAAAUCUCAACUUAGACGACAUGUACGUGCAGCGUGUCCAGCCCCAGCAGCUUCAAUCCCGUCCCCCUCCAGUUUCCAUCGCAGUUAAGAACAACGAUGUCACUGCGAGGCUUCGGAAUGAGAGCCUCCGGGCGCCGGCGCCGGAAGUAAACCAUGACAUCCGGCUUCCACAGGAGUGGAGUUACUGAAGCGACAACACCUGGAUUAGAAUAAAAAGAGGGGGGGNGGGUAAGUAGAAUCACUAACCGCUGUGUUAGAUUAAUUAGGGGGGGGGGGGAUAGAGUAUUUUGUUUAAUAGGAAAAGGGUAAGACAGGAAAGCAAAGGCAAAUUUAAAGGGGUUUUUGGUUAAUUGGGAUUAGGAGUAAGAUUAGAAGAAAUAAAGAUGUGUUUAAGUUGGGUUUUUAUUGUUGUUUUGAUUAUGUUGUUAAGUCUGCAAAAGAGAAGGGGGUUAAUUAAGGAUGGGUUGGUUUUGUUGAUUUUGUGGAAGGGGCAGAUUAGGAACUUUGUUUAGGAUUCUAAUUUGUCCAGUGGGGCCCUUGCACUAAUUAAAUAAUAUAUUAACUAA